AUGGGAGGCACCAACCAGUCUGUGGUCUCUGAGUUCCUCCUCCUGGGACUCUCCAGGCAGCCUCAGCAGCAUCAGCAGCUCCUCUUCCUGCUUUUCCUCAUCAUGUACCUGGUCACUGUCCUGGGAAACCUGCUCAUCAUCCUGGCCAUCGGCACAGACUCCCACCUGCACACCCCCAUGUACUUCUUCCUCAGCAACCUGUCCUUUGUGGAUGUCUGCUUCUCCUCCACAUCUGUCCCCAAGGUGCUGGCCAACCACAUACUCAGGAAUCAAGCCAUUUCCUUCUCUGGGUGUCUCAUGCAAAUUUACUUUCUGUGUGUGUUUGCUGUCAUGGACAAUUUCCUGCUGGCUGUGAUGGCCUAUGACCGUUUUGUGGCCAUAUGCCACCCUUUACACUAUACAACCAAGAUGACCCAUCAGCUCUGUGUCUUGCUGGUGGUCGGGUCAUGGGUGUUAUCCAGCCUGAAUGCUCUGUUGCACACACUGCUCAUGGCUCGACUUUCAUUCUGUGCAGACAACAUCAUUCCCCAGUACUUCUGUGAAGUGACUCCCCUCCUGAAACUCUCCUGCUCUGACACACACCUCAAUGAGCUAAUGAUUCUUUUUGUUGCAGGGCUGUUAAUGAUAGCCCCGUUUGUUUGCAUCCUCGUGUCUUAUGUCCUUAUUGCUUGUGCAGUCCUGAGAGUCUCAUCCAUAAGUGGAAGGUGGAAGGCCUUCUCCACCUGCAGCUCCCAUCUGGCUGUGGUCUGCCUCUUCUAUGGCACCAUCAUAUCCCUGUAUUUCAACCCCUCCUCCUCUCACUCAGCUGGGAGUGACAUGGCAGCUGCUAUGAUGUACACAGUGGUGACCCCCAUGCUGAACCCUUUCAUCUACAGCCUGAGGAACAGGGACCUGAAAGGAGCCUUAAUGAAAGUGCUUACCAUGAAAUUUUUAUCUUCUCGCCGAUGUUGA